AUUAAAUCAGAGAGUAGUUCAUUACCGUGAGUAGUUUAUUGUAUUGAAACAAACAUUCGUAUUGAUUGAUUAACCCAUAAAGUUGAAUGGGGGAGGUCAUCUGGCAACCAAAACCAUCAUGUGACGCUCUGUUUGAUAAAACAGGAAAGUAGGCCGGUUUGCUGGAGGUCCGCUGAAGCUGCAUUUAUUCUCUUAGCAUCAAUUUACGGUGUCAGCUUUCUAGUUCAUACCCGCAUUUUGCAUAACGAUGGCCGGCUUUGGGAAGCUGCGCGUCGCUGUUAUCGGGGCCGGUGCUGCGGGACUCUGCGCGGCCCGCCAUCUCCUUUCCCGCCCGGACACUUUCGCACCGCCUGUGGUAUACGAGCUCACCAAGAACAUUGGAGGAACUUGGGUCUAUGAGGAAAGAAUAGGAUUUUACGACAAUGGCCUACCAAUUCACAGCAGCAUGUACAGGGACCUCAGAACCAAUAUUCCCAAAGAGGUGAUGUCCUUUCCUGACUUUCCUUUUGCAAAGCAUCUCCCCUCUUUUGUUCAUCACACAGAGGUACGGAAGUACCUUGAGCAGUACUGUGAUCAUUUUCGCCUGUGGGACCAUAUACAGUUUGGCACCUCAGUGGCCUCAGUGACACCGGUAGAUGUGAAGGGAGGGUGGAAUGGGUUGGCUUGGGAUGUCACCUCCAAUGAUGGCCUAGACCACAGCAAAUCCACUACAGAGCGAUUUGAUGCUGUUAUGGUGUGUAAUGGACAUUUCUAUGACCCCUACAUCCCUGCAAUACCCGGACUGGAAAAAUUCAAAGGGACGCUGAUGCACAGUCAUGAUUACCGUAGUGCUGAACCUUUGGCGGGAAAGUCUGUGGUGCUGCUGGGAGCUGGUCUGUCUGGACUAGAUAUUGCCAUGGAGCUCUCCAAUGUUGAUGCUAAGGUGAUCCUGAGUCAUGGACAGCGGCCUUUGACCUGCCCCCUUCCUCCAGGAGUCCAGCAGGCUCCUCCAGUAACCUCUGUACUAGAUGAUGGGACUCUAGAGUUUAAGGACGGGGAGAGGGCCAAGCCAGAGGUGUUCUUGUUUUGUACAGGCUACAACUUCACCUUCCCAUUCCUGGAUGAGAAAGUGGGUGUAAAAGUGCAGGAGCACCUUGUCUGGCCUCUCUAUAAGUUCCUAAUUCCUCCGGCCUAUCCAUCUCUGUUUAUAGUGGGCAUCUGCAGAGCUAUAUGCCCCUUCCCACAUUUCCAUAUUCAGUCUCAGUUUGUCCUGUCAGUGUUGGAUGGUUCUUUCCCCCUGCCUUCACGUGAAGACAUGGAGAAUGAUAUCGAGCUGGACAUUGCCGCCCGUCGUGCCCGUGGGAUUGCCACCCGCCAUAUCCUUAAACUGGAUUCUGAGCAGUGGGCCUACAAUGACGAGCUCGCCCAUCUGGGAGGUUUCCAACCCCUCCCACGCUAUUGGAGCAACCUGUACGAAUCCAACAAGGUGUUCCGUGCCCGAGACAUGCUCAAUUACAAGACCUACAACUACACUGUCCUCGAAAACAUGGAGUGGAAGGUGCACGAUUUGCAUGGCCAGCAGCUGCAGAAGCCUCUGGCUGUUAAAAAACAAAUAUAAGCUAUGAUUGAAAAAUAUACCAUCAUUCAGGUGCUAAUAGGCAUAUGCCAGUGUAGCAAGUAAAAUUAGGAUAUUAACAAAUUGUUCAAUAUUUUGACUAAUAUGUUUAUCAGUUAUUUGAUAAAUUAUCUAACCGUACUCUUUUAUUUUCUAUGAGCCGAAACAUCUUCAGUUUCAAAUCUUGUUGUUUGUAAUAAGCUGCUUUUUUUGGGGUGAACUAUACUUUUUAAGCAGGUUCCAGGGGAUACUUUGAAAGAUUGGAUUGAUGUUGUUUGCGAUUAGUGAAAUUGGGCUAUAUGAACAAAACUGACUUAAUGCUGAGCAAGAGGUGUUACGUACCUGCAGUCUGACAUUUUUGUGUCUGUUUGUAUUUUGUGUGCCCUGUAAUGAACAUUAAUGUCUUUUGUCAGUCACAUGCCUGUUUAAGUGAUGAACUCCACUACUUGUGGUUGUUUUCAGAGAUGGUAAUAGACAUUUUAUACUUGCGCUACAAUUGUGUGACCUGUGCUACAAAACUUUCAACCUCUGUAGCACCAGUGCUAUGUGCAAAAAAGUUAACAUACAGCUCUGUAAGGAUAUCUAACACAUUUCAGAAUUGAUGUUGUAGUGGGGCUUAAGAUGUUCUAAUACAUAAAAGGCUGGAAAAACACUGAUCAAAACUUUGUAGUUGUAAUUAUCGCUUCUCAUUAGAAUAAAUUGUUUUCACUAAA